AUGUCAGCUACAAAAAUAUCGGAACUAUCAUGGUUUCACGAUUUUCCACCGUUUUUUACUCUUCAGCCGAAUCUUGAUACCCGUCGGAAACAACUCGAUGCUUGGUGUUCGCUUAUUCUUGAUUAUUGCCGCAUGAAAAAAGUCUGUACAUUCGAUGUAAAUGAUGCCAGUAAAUUCCCACCAUUUUCCAAUGCGAAAAUAAAUCGUCAACUCGACAGUAACUUCAUUCAGGUUAUACUUGAAGAAUUACGUAGUCGAGGCAAUAUCGAAUGGGAGGAUAAAAGUAAACGUCGAUGCUUAGUUCUUUGGAAAUCACCGGAAGAAUGGGCGAAAACCAUAUAUCAAUGGAUCACAGCCCAUGGUAUGAAUGGGACAGUUUGUACAUUUUAUGAAUUAUUACAUGGUGAUGACACACGUUCAGCCGAAUUUCAUAAUAUAGAUCCACAACUUUUCCGUCGAGUUCUAGGAGAAUUAGAAAAACGUGGUCAAGCGACGGUCUUUGCCGAUAAUGGCGCUGAAGGUGUUAAAUUUUCCUAG